AUGAGUGAAAGGGUGGCAGGCUUCCCUAUUGCUUCUAAUGUUACUCAGGAAAUGAAUGCUAGCUUAACGGCGGAGGUCCUUCCUGAGGAGAUUCGUAGAACGGUUUUUGGUAUGGGAUCAAAGCAGGAGCCACGGUCGGAUGGUUUUACGGGGAAGUUCUUUAAGGCUUUCUGGGGGAUUGGUGGGGACUCAGUGAUUGAAGCGGUCAGAUCGUUCUUUGCAACGAGUCGAAUGCUCCGCAGCUUCAAUCACACCUGGUUGACGUUGAUCCCUAAGGUGGAUCAGGUGGAGUCUAUGCGGCAACUUCGCCCCAUUAGUCUGUGCCAGUUUGUGUAUAAAGUGAUUACUAAGAUUAUGGUUGAGAGGCUGGCAGGAGUGUUGCCUAUAAUUGUUUCAGAAGGACAGAAUGCUUUUAUUCGGGAUAGGCAGAUUGUGGAAAACACCCUCCUCGCGCAUGAGUUGAUGCACUACUUGAAAAUCAAAACCCGUGGUAAGAAGGGAUACAUGGCUCUAAAGGUUGACAUGGAAAAGGCCUAUGAUAGAGUUGAAUGGUCAUUCCUUCUGGCGGUUUUGGAAAAGAUGAGUUUUAACUCAGUUUGGAGAGGAUGGGUGCAGGAGUGUUUGCAGUCGGCUUCGUUUUCAGUGCUCAUGAACGGGGCCCUUUCUGGGUUCUUUAGUUCCUCCAGGGGUCUCCAGCAAGGGGAACCUCUUUCUCCUCUUCUCUUUGUUCUGUGUACGGAGGGGUUCGCAGCCCUACUUCGUCAGGCCAUUUCGGAGAAGAGGCUAGAAGGGGUCAAAGUUGCUCCUCGGGCUCCUCGGAUUUCUCAUUUAUUCUUUACGGAUGAUUCUUACUUGUUCUUUCGGGGAUCACUCCAGGAAUGUGAGAAUCUGAUUGAAGUUUUGAAUGAGUAUGAGGAGCUGGGUGGCCAGAAGGUGAAUUUGAGUAAAUCAGCUGUUUGCUUCAGUAAGAAUAUCUCCUUGCCAGAUCAGGAGUUCUUAGGGACGAUUCUUGGGGUGGGGGCUGUGGGGGUCCAUGAUAAGUAUCUUGGGAUCCCUACUUUGAUAGCGAGGUCAAAAGUGGCAACUUUCCGCUACUUGGAGGAAAAACUGUUAGAGCGCUUACAAGGAUGGAAGAGAAGGACUUUGUCCUGGGCGGCUAAAGAAACUUUGAUUAAACCUGUUGCUUUGGCCCUGCCGUUACAUGUUAUGUCCUGCUUUAGGCUUCCUCUGUCUCCGUGUCGCCUUCUGGAUAAACAUGUAGCGAGAUUUUGGUGGGGUGUGGAGGAUGGUCAGUCCAGAAUUCGCUAG